AUUGUUUGACAUUUUGAUGUUUUGAUCGAAUGUUUCGGUAAUCUGACCUGAUGUGCAGUUGAUUAUGAAAGAGCGAUGAAAUUUUAAUAAUAGUUUCCUUUUAUUUGAGAUAAAACCUUCAACUACAAUGUCGUUUAUUGAAGCAGUCUUGAGAUCCGCUCUGAAUGCGAGAACCAUCUCUGCUUUGCGCUCGUUCCACACCACUCCAGUGGUCAACUUCCGUUUCACGCCGAUUCUCUGCGCGGAGCCACUGAAGAAAAAGAAGAAAAUUGAUCCGCAAGUCCUCAAACAAAGAGAGGAACGAAAGCGCAAACGUUUGGAGAAGCAAAUUCGCCGGUUGGAGAAGAACUCCCGGCAGCUGAAACCCGUCGAAGAGCUGGAAGUCCCAGUGGAGCUGAUUGACGAGCAAAAGCAACGCAAACGAAUCGGAGUCAAGGUAAGUCCGGAGGUGCUCGAGAGCCGGGUCCUGCUGGAGAAGCAAUGGGCCAAAUACAAGAUGGAGCAGAAGCUGGCUGAUUAUCAGCUCAUCGAUCGGGUGCUGGCGGCACAGACCAAAGCGCUUAACGAGUUGCGGCUAGAAUCGGAGGAGUUGUACCAGAAGGCAGUGCAGGUCGACGAGGGGCUAGUCCCCUUCAAGACGGUAGGCCCGGUGGUCACUCCGCCGGUCGAGGGUUACGAUAUGCCCGACGGCGAAUAUCUGGAUGUGUCGAAAAAGUUCGAAUAGGAAACAAACAUCAGCAACAAGAUUCAGUUGCAACACAAAA